CUAUGAUAGAGCCGCGGAGGUUGUUAUCUAAUUAAACAAAAUAAUCUCUGAUCCUACUAAGUCGAAUGCUCAUGAAUAUUGAAUAGACUGCUUUGUUGGUAAAGCCUAGCGCUAAAGCAGAAGAGUGUCUUGUAUCGUAAACGUAUUAAUAUUCAUAGGCCUGGUGUUUACCAUAGUAGGAGAUCCGUUUCGCGCCUCGUGAAACUAGAGCAUGCGCAACGUUUAUUCCCAUGACGUACAGAUAAGCGGCAUUACGCGCGUUUCUCAAAAAGAGCGAAAUGGCAUGUUUCCCCUGUCCAUUUUGAAGAAAAGCUUCAAACUGUAAGGAUUCAAAAACAAAAUCACUAAGGAGUUUAAAAGGACGAAUAAAAGUGAUUUCUGUUCUCUUGUGGCUUGUAUUAUCCUUUGCUGAUCUCAUCUCAGAGCAUGAGUGAGAAAUUAUCAUUAAACUCCAGCUGAAUUUGAAGGAAGUAUGUCAGGAGAUAAGUGGCAGGCCAGACUGAAGUCUUUGGAGCAGAGAGCCUUAUCCUUCCAGUCUUCCCCGCUGUCCUGUCUGUAUAAGCCACGUCUGUCCCGGCCAUGGCAACCCUCAUCUGUUUGGAGACUCUUCCCACGCCAGAGUGCAGCCAUUGCCUUCACUCAGCACAUCAAACAGGAUGUGCAUAUAUUUUCACUGGAGAAAGAAGGCAGCGAUGCAGGACAGAGAAUUUUCCUAGUGACUAGCUACAGUGAACUUUGGCAUUAUUACAGCACUCACAGACAGUCUCUGAUGCACUGCUAUGAAGUCAUUCUAGAAGGGGCCGUCUGCAAACUCUACUUUGACUUGGAGUUUCACAAAGCCUCCAACACACACCUGGAUGGCAAGAUCAUGGUGGCAAAACUAAUUCAGUAUGUGUGUGAAAAGAUGAAGGAAGUUUAUGGUGUCCACUGCUCUGCCAAAGACGUCCUUAAUCUUGACUCCAGCACCUCUGAGAAGUUUAGUCGCCAUCUCAUCUUUAUGCUUCCCAGUGCUGCUUUUAAAGACAACUUCCAUGUAGGGCGAUUUAUUCAUGGUAUACUACAUCCAGCUACAAACAGCCUUCAGAAAAGCAACCCAGAGGCACCCACAACAGCAUUCUUUCCGAGAGAGAGCAAAGAUGAUGUGGAUGGUUCUCAGACCAAGAAAACAAAGUGUGAAGAGGAUGAUCUUAGCUUUCUCAUUGUGAAGAGCAGAAAUGGACAGGAACAACUCCUUGUCGACAUGGGUGUCUACACCAAGAACAGGAACUUCCGCCUUUACAAGUCCUCCAAACUGGGCAAGAAUGCUGCCUUCACUGUAGCAGAGGACAACAAGUUUGUCCCAAAGCCCUCCAAGCACACCACAAAAGAUGAAAGCAUAUUUCUAGCCUCUUUAAUCACCAACAUCAGUUUCACGGGACAGAAGAUUUUAACAUACGAAUUGCCACAGAGAGGUACAGCAGGAUCUCCUAGUCUGACCCUGCAGAGAGAGGUGUAUAGCUCAGACCUUUUGGGUGAAGAACAACUGUCUCCUUUUAAAGAUGUGGAUGAUUUUGUGUUGACACUUGUGUGCAAGGAUGGUGUUCAAGGAAACAUCCGGCGAUGGAACUACUUUGCAUCUGAGCAGCUGCUAGUUUAUGAUAUUGGGAAAUUCCGCUGGUGCCACAAUGUAAAGCGCUUCCACAAGAGCAACAACAUCAUGAUUGUGGUGGAUCUCAAAGAGGAAGUGUGGUAUCAGAGAUGUCAUGACCCUGAGUGCAGAAGACAGAAUUACAGAUCCUCCAGUUACCCACUGCCACAGGAUCUCUGCAUGAGUUACAUACUGAUGGAGGAUGAAGAAGAUCAGGCUUAUUUAACAGAUGAACUGGGGAACAUUGAACUUGUACCCAUGACUACUUCAGCAGUGCAGGUAGAGAAGGAGCGACCCUCUUCAGCUCCCCAGACCGAGGACCCUAAGGAUUGGGGAGACUGUUCUGAUGACCUUGCUUACCUGGAGGCCAUGCGGGAGGUAGAAAGAGCCACUGCAGAAGAGGAGGACGAGGUCUCUGAUGAGCUUCUGCUCGAAGCAUUGACUGAGUGUGAAGGAUGAAAUUGUAGUCUGAGACUAAAAAGAUGGAGGGAGGUGCCAUAUUAAAAUGCAACUAGUGCAAUAACUGAGUCUCUUUUUUUUUUUUUUUUUUUUUUUUUUGAUAGAUUUAUCUGAAAAUAUGUGCUUAAAUUCUAUUUCCUAAUUGUAUUACCUAAAUAUUCAAAGCUGUUUUAUUUUGAGUAUUUUAGAUUAUAUGGCUUUGGGUAUUACAAGUGAAUGUACCUCAACAAUUUAUUAAUUUAUUUUUACAGAGACUUAAUCAGCAGCACAGUUGUUGUUUGAAAGGCUAAUGAAUAUGUCAAUGCAUCUUUUAGUGCAAAGUCUGUUUCAUUCAAGCUUGUUGUUCCCAAUUAAUAACAAUUAAUAUAAAUACUG